UGACAUCACCCCGCAGGUUGGUUAUAAAGGGCCGAGGGCCAUCCCGGCGCUACAAUCGGUUCUGGCCGUCGAAGGAGAGCGAGAGGUUGGUCUGCAGACGCGCCGCCCUCGGACACAGACUGCAGCCUGCGCGCCUUGAUCCUCCGCCGCCGAUCCUCCGCCGCUGCGCUCGCCUUGCCGUCGAGGGGACUCCCGUCCCGCCGCCUCCCGAAUCUCCUUCCCGCGCUCUUCUGCUCCUUCCCCUUCUUCCCUUCUCUUCUCCCGACACCUGGUCCAGGAUGUACAUCUCUCACGUCGUGGCUUGCGGACUCUUCCUCGCCCUGCUGGCCCUGGCACUGGAGGCGAAGCCGGCUCCCCAGAACCUGCAGAAGGGUCCGUCGGGCAGCUUGGCGGCGCUGGGGCGCGAACUGGCGGAGCUGCUGGAGGCGUCGUCGGGGCCCGCGGCGGGCGGUGCGCGGAGCGGCGGAGGAAAGCAGGGCUCCUCGUCGCAGCAGAAGGGCAAAGGCUCGUCGUCGUCGAGGCUCAUGCGGGACCUGCGCACCGACACCAAGCAGUCGCGGGCCACCUGGGCGCGGGGGGCGCACCCGGAGCACCACGCCGGCGGAGGAGGAGGCGGCGGCGGCGGAGGGUCGCGGCGCUUCAAAAACCCCUCCAAGAAGGGCUCCACCAAGAACUGCUUCGGCCUCAAGCUGGACCGCAUCGGCACCAUUAGCGGCCUGGGCUGCUGAGCCGUCGAGGGCGGCCUGCGGGCGACACCUAGCGGCGGUCUUUGAACUGACGAGGGUUAUUCUGCAUUCCAUCACCCCAACCCAAGGACAUAUCUUGGCCAUCUCCUCACAUUCAUGCAGGGUCAAUGUUGAUGGCACCCGAAAAAGGCUUGGCUGGGCUUAUCCUAUUGGUACGAGGACUUGUAGCAGAACCAGCAAUUUUUUUUGGGGGGGGGGUGUUAGUGGUGAGGGUGGGGUGUCCGGGGUGGGUUUGUUUUUGAAAUCCAAAAGCUCUUUUCCUAUCAUACCCAAUAUAUACACACACACAUAUAUGUAUCCUACACACCAACAACCCACCCACGACAAAGGACCGCUCCACGCCCAGAGACUGAGGAAGCUGUUUGUACAUUCAUGUCACGCAUAAAUGUAUUUAUGUUGUAAAGCUAUUUAUAUAUUGUUUAUAAAGAGAUAUUUAUAAAAAUUUUAUUUAUGUAA